AUGACAGAGAAACUUCAGGCUCUUCACUGAAGAGGAUGCGAGUCUGUGCGUAAAACUCCGAUUAUCACCAGCGGAUGCGCAUCGUCAUAAGAACCCCAGCGAUGACACUGAUCUUCUUAAAGUAAGCACAGGCAAGCAUCAGCAGCAGCGGGGAGCGCGGCGGAGAAAAGUGGUUGCAUGGCACCGCAGUCGUGCGUAAUGAAUCCUGCGCAAGGAUCACCGGCCUUGGAGACUUCUCGGGAUAAAGCCGCUGGUGGAGCUGGAGCCGAGGAGCUGGACAUGUCACCUAACAGGAGCUGUAAAACCAAAGGGUUAGACCUGCCUUUCAGCGUGGAGUCCCUCAUAUCGGACAGGACCUCUCCGUGCAGCAGCCUCCACUCCCCCGAGCUUGGCUCGGGCUGCGUCCGCGCGGAGGAGCUCGAGUGUGCGUCACCGAGACCGGUGUGUGUGUCCAAGCUGGAGGCGGUGGAUCUGAGCGACAAGGAGAGCACCUGGCUCCAGGAACCCUACCCUUCAAAUACAAGAAUCCCCAGCCCAACGACGUGCAACCUGCGGAAACACAAGAACAACAGGAAACCCAGGACCCCCUUCACCACCUCCCAGCUGCUCUCUCUGGAGAGGAAGUUCCGCCAGAAACAGUACCUGUCCAUCGCGGAGAGAGCCGAGUUCUCCAGCUCCCUGAACCUCACAGAGACCCAGGUCAAGAUCUGGUUUCAGAACCGCAGAGCCAAAGCCAAGAGACUGCAGGAGGCCGAGCUGGAGAAGCUGAAGCUGGCCGCCAAGCCGCUGCUGCCGCCGGCCUUCGCCUUCCCCUUCCCGCUGAGCGGCCCCCUGGGCGCAGCGCCUCUGUUCGGGGCCCGGCCAGCCUUCCCCGUCCCCGGACUACUCAGCAGGCCCUACGGGGUCUACUACAUGUCCUAACCCGCUGCUUUCUGGACGCCUCGUUUGGGAGAUCCUACUUCAAAUACAUUUUUAGAAAGAAAUAACAAAUGUUCCAAAAACAUAUAUAUAUAUAUCCACCCAAUCUGUUUUUUACAGCUCUUAUUAUACAUUUCAUAUGUCGUUAUAGUUGUGGGAAAUAUUGUUGCAUAAAUAUUUUUACAAGAA